GGGGACUCCAACGAGGCCACGCCGCUGCCGCCCAUCCUGUCGCUGCCCCCCGAGGCCCUGGCGCACGUGCUCGGCAUGCUGGAGCCGCUGGAGGUGGUGUCGGCCAGUGGCGCGCACCCGGACUGGCUGGCCGUGGCCAACCGCCUGGUGCUGGCGCCGCGCGGCCACCUCGUGGUGCGUCUGGGCGACCUGGGCGACCUGGGCGGCGCAGACACGAGCCUGGCCGCCCUGAGCCGCCUGCAGCCCGCGGUGCACACCCUGCACCUGGUGGCGACCACCCCGACGGGGCUGGACGGCGUGGCCAUGCGCCGCACGCUGUUGGCCCUGGCCCGCACGCUGCCCCUGGACGCCGUGCACACCGUGUGGCUGCACGAGGACGACGUAUCGGACGAGGGCCGCCACCCCGAGGCCUCGCAGCGCGCCGCCCUGGACGCCAUCCUGGACUUGUGCACCUGCGCGACCAGCGUCAACUUCUCCAACGUGCGACAGAGUGCCGCCUUCGUGCGGCUCAUGGUGGACGCUCCGCGGCCGCGGUUUCGGACGCGCUUCGUGUUCACGGAGCGCAACCACCACGCCAGCAGCGUCCUCGCGGCGUUGGACGACCUGGGCGCGUUCUUCGAGGAGUCCGUCGUCACCAUCUGGCGGCCGCAGCUGUUCGUCACCGCCUUCUACCCGCACUACUGGGACCCGGCCUGCGCGUUGGAGCUGCCCUACCCGCCAGAGGUGCGCAGGCUGUGCCUGUACGGCGCCGGCCUCGACGCGUCCGCCUACCGCGCCGUCGCGGCCAUGGCAGCCCUGCAGGACCUGCGGUUGUGCGACGCGGACGCGCUGGGCGACGACGCGCUGCUGGGCCUCGUCACCAGAGUGCGCCGCCUGCGCCGCCUCGCCGUCCACGACGCCCCCGGCGUGUCGUCGGAGGGCUGGGCGGCAGCGCUCAGGGGCCCCGCGCUCCGUCACCUCGAGAGCCUCGAAGUGGGCGGCUGCCUGCAGCUGGACGACGACGCGCUCGGUGCUCUGCAGGCCGAGGACGCCCUGGAGGAGCUGACCGCGGUGGCGCUGGACCUGGAGGGCUGCGCCAAGGCCAGCGGCGCCGCGGUGGACGCCAUCGCCGCUGCCUGCCCCAACGUCGAGACCCUCACCUUGGUCGUGGCCUUCUCGCCCAGCCUCGUGGACGCGCUAGAGCGGGCACCGCCGCGGCUGUCCCGGCUGCGGCGGCUCACCGUGCGCGUGCAGGGCUCCGCGUGGCCGGGCGACCCCAAGGAGGCCAUCGCGGGGGUGGACCGCCUCAAGCGUCGCCUGCGCGCCGUGUGCCCGCCCGCCGUGCAGAUGGACGUCAGCCUGACCUUCGUCAAGCUGGGCAUGGCCGUCUCCAACACUCCCGACCACGACGACUAGGCGCCUGCUAGCGCCCGCGAUAGGAGCGAUACUGUCCCGUCGAGCGCUGGAGUGUCGCCUGGCGGCCUACCUCCCAGGCGAUUGCGAUUGCGAUUAAUGGCUGGAGCACAAAUGAUCGUCUGCCUUUCGGGCCCGCCCCGCCAUGUCGAUGAUUCAACAGCACGUGACGGGCCGUCCGUACUGAGAAGUGGUUUUCUCGGGCCCUCAAUGGGUCGUAUGCCAUUUUAAGGGGCCGGCACAAGAGGCUGCAUUUACCUCGAGAAAAUAAAGGCUUUAGAAUUCUGUUCAAAAUCUAGUCAUUUGCAUGUUGUGUGGCCACAUGAUUUAGAAGUAUUUUUAUGUGACGAUUAUUUUAUAAGCUGUGAUAUUAACUGUAUGUUCCAGUUGGCCAACGCAUUAUUGUAUUUAUUUGAAGGUAGCCUUGCUAAAGGCAGCUAGUGGGAAACUGUUCGUCUAGUUAUCUUUCUUGUGGAUAUUCUGUGUGCUACUGAUGAAAGACAAGCAUAGGUUAAGGUAGACUGUGUGUGUAAUGUGGAAACCAAAUAAACAUCUCAAAUUCUGAA